AUGGAUGACUGCAUUGAAACUUUGAAGGUUGAAGAUGAGAAGCUUUCUGUUGAGCCUCGACCACAAGCCAAAAUUUUUCGUGGUGUUGUCGAAACUAAACGUUUUGCCAAAGAUAUGGAAUCACGACGAAGUGCCUCAUUUUAUCCAGAUAAUGCCGAUGUAAAACUUUUUGUCCAAGAUAUAAAAUUGCGGCCAAGUAUCAAAGUUUAUCUUGAUGAAAUCAAAACAAAGCUCGUUAAAGCUAGAAAGCUUCAGCCAAGUGCCUCGUUUUAUCUUGAUGAUACCAAAAUCAAACUUUUAGCCAAAGAUAUAGAACGACAGCUAAGUGCAACUUUUUAUCGUGAUGACAACAAAAGAAAGCCUACUAAAGAUAUAGAACCACAAUCAAAUCUCUCAUUUUAUCCGGAUGAUAGCAAAAUAAAGUUUUUUGUUGAAGAUGUAGAACCACGACCGAAUGUCUCAUUUUAUCCAGAUGAUGACACCAAACUGAAGUCUUUUGCUGAAGAUAUAGAACCACAACCAAAUGUCUCAUUUUAUCCAGACGAUGACACCAAAACAAAGCUUUUUGUUAAAGAUGUAGAACCACGUCGGACGAAUAUCUCAUUUCAUCCCAAUGAUGGCACCAAAACAAAGCUUUUUGUUAAAGAAGUAGAACCACGACCCAAUGUCUCAUUUUAUCCCAAUGAUGACACUAAAACAAAGUUUUUUGUUGAAGAUGUAGAACCACGACCAAAUGUCUCAUUUUAUCCCGAUGAUGACACCAAAGCAAAACUUUUUGUUGAAGAUGUAGAGCCAAGACCAAAUAUUUCAUUUUAUCCUGAUGAUGAUACCAAAGUAAAGCUUUUUGUUGAAGAUGUAGAACCACGACCAAAUGCCUCAUUUUAUCCCGAUGAUGACACCAAAGCAAAGCUCUUUGUUGAAGAUGUAGAACCACGACCAAAUAUCUCAUUUUAUCCCGAUGAUGACACCAAAGCAAAGCUCUUUGUUGAAGAUGUAGAGCCACGGCCAAAUGUCUCAUUUUAUCCCAAUUAUGAUACCAAAGUAAAGUUUUUUGUUGAAGAUAAAGAAUCACAACCAAAUGUCUCACUUUAUCCGUACAAUCUCAAAGCCAAAGUGUUCUCUGCUCAUUCUCACCAUGGUGAAGCUGACAUAAAAGUGGCACAAACUUAA